UUCUCCGCCACCUGGUGAGGCGGGGCGGAAACGGGCAACAAAAGAAAAUGCGUUACUCUAAGAACCCUACCCGUCAAUAAUAACCCUAUUCAUCUUGUUUCUGUUAAACAUCCUCCCUCUUGGUUGACUCCUCACUCCGGCAAGCAUGGAGUGCCAAUACGUGGCCACACAGCGGGGCGGCAUUGCCUUGCUGUAUGAAGGGCACCGGUACAACAAGGUGCGGGACGGCAAGGAGGGCACGGUGUACUGGCGAUGUGCUCGGGACCGCCAGUGUCCCGGCCGGGCGGUCACGGUCUACAGCCGCAUCAAGAAGGCCAACAACAAGCACAACCACCCUCCGGACGCCUGGCGGAACAAGGUGGACCAGGUGGUGUCGGACUUGAAACUGCGCGCCCAGGACGACGCCACCACCCUGCCCACCCUGUUCACGGAGACGCUCAAGUACCUGGCCUCGAGCCACCAGGUGGCUGCCCUGGCCAGCGUCGUGCCCACCUUCCCCAGCUUCAAGAGUUGCAAGCCUCGCCACCAGCUUGUGCCCUCCCUGCUCCAGCUGAGAGACUUCCGUCCAGAAGACAAUUGGCUCUAUGCCAACACAGCAGAUGAGCCCUCCACCUCGGAACCGUUAGACAUGGCAUUACGAAACACGGGCACCUUGCUCAAACGCCUGCGAGCGCUCAUGAAAAACACGACUCAUGUGAGCGAAACGAUUCAGGCCUACAUUGUUCCGUCUGGAGAUGCCCACCAGAGCGAAUACAUUGCGCCUUGUGAUAAACGAAGAGCUUUUCUGACCGGAUUUACAGGAAGCGCUGGUACUGCGAUUGUGACCGAAGAUCAGGCUGCGCUUUGGACCGACGGUCGAUAUUUCCUGCAGGCGGAACAACAGCUGGACUCAAAUUGGAUCCUCAUGAAAGAUGGCAUCCCAGGCACACCAUCCCAGGGCGAUUGGCUCUGCAAGGUGCUGUCCAGCGGCAGCAGAGUAGGAGUGGAUCCGUUCCUCAUGCCCUACGACGCCUGGAAGCAGCUCUGCAAUCAGCUGGAUGCGUCGGGACAUUCCCUGGUCCCUGUAUCGCAGAACCUCGUGGAUCUGAUCUGGGAAGAGCGGCCAUCCCCACCCAGCCGCCCCCUCGACUCGCUCUCCAUCAUCUACACGGGCAAGUUCUGGCAGGACAAGAUAGCGGACAUCCGGCAAGACAUGACCCAGAAGUCGGCCUCCGUGCUGGUCAUCACAGCCCUUGACGAAAUUGCAUGGCUGUUUAAUCUAAGGGGCUCCGACAUCGACUACAAUCCAGUCUUCUUUGCCUAUGCUGUGAUCACCAUGGAUUCUGCCCACUUGUUCAUUGACGAGAACAAGCUGAGUGCCACGCUUCAACGUCACCUCUCAGCCGACCGAAACGAGAAAAGCGUCGCAGUUGACAUCCGACCCUACCGUGUGUUUAAGGACUUCCUCUCCCUGUUGAUAAAUCAGCAGUCGGGGAAAAUUUGGGUCAGCAGUUGUUCGAGCUAUGCAGUUGUCAGCCAAGUUCCCAAGGAACGUCGAAUCGAGUCUACAAAUCCUGUGAUGCUCAGGAAGGCAAUUAAAAACGAAACGGAAAUCGAAUGCAUGCGGCGUGCCCACAUCAAAGAUGCGGUGGCACUGUGUGAAUUUUUUGUUUGGAUGGAAUCUCAAGUCCCGAAAGGGGAAGUGACAGAGAUCACGGCUGCUGCCAAGCUGGAGCACUUCCGCAGGGAGCAGGAAGACUACGUAGGACCAAGUUUCGAGACCAUCUCGGCAUCUGGCCCCAACGCGGCCAUCAUCCACUACCGUCCCGAGGAGGACUCGGACCGGCGAGUUACCACCGAGGAGGUCUACCUGUGCGACUCGGGUGGUCAAUACAGAGACGGGACAACAGACGUAACCAGGACGUGGCACUUCGGCAUGCCCAGCCAGUACGAGAAGGAGUGCUUCACCAGGGUCGUGAAAGGAAACAUUGCACUGUCAUCCGCUAUCUUUCCCCGACUUGUGAAAGGGCAAAUGCUAGAUACGCUGGCACGACGGGCACUCUGGGAAGUGGGUCUGGACUACCUACACGGAACGGGACACGGAGUGGGCGCCUACCUCAAUGUUCACGAAGGACCAAUGGGCAUCAGUUGGAUGCCCCAUCCUAAUGAUCCAGGUCUUCAGGAAGGGAUGAUCCUUUCGAUUGAGCCUGGCUAUUACGAGGACAACCAGUUUGGAAUUCGGAUUGAGAACUUGGUGCUUGUCCGGAAGGCUGCCACCAAGUACAACUUCAAAGAUCGAGGGUUCCUGGCUUUCGAUUCCCUGACGCUGGUUCCCAUCCAGACCAAGAUGCUCAACCCCCUGAUGCUCACUGCUGACGAGGUGGAGUGGCUAGAUACAUACCACCAGGCCUGCCGCGAUGUGAUUGGUCGGGCACUCGAGGAGCAAGGCCGCGAUCUGGCCCUCCAGUGGCUGCUGCGGGAAACGCAGCCUCUGGGCUAGAACAGCCUUCGGACCCCGUCACCCUCACCACUGUGUUCGGGUGUCGUGCCAAAGGGUGUUCUUGAAAUGGGGUUGAGUUUUGCUCUGUUGCCAGUUUUUGGCGCCCAAACCCUACUGUGCAUUUAGGAAGCUUCCAAGGGGAGUGUCCGCACCCCAAGGCUGCUUCUCGGAAACCCAGCGUGGCGCCGCCUCGGUCUGGUCGUCGGUGCGCUCUGAAAGGCCUGGCGCGUUGUGCCCGCUUGGUGCACCGAGAUGGCGCUUUGGAGCAACAAGCUUUGGGCAACAGCUUUAUUCCCACCCCCCUACCCUGUCUUUUUGUGGAAGUCAGUUGGAGUCAUUUUAAAGAGGGAGGAUGUGAUAACAGAGCAGUUUUUUUCUCAGGUUUCCUAGAAACCACCGGAGCAUUGAUUGUUAGUGACAGCCAGCAAAAACCCUGCAACAGGGCAUCCUGGCACUGUGGAGCCUGGCUCAGCAGCUUGCAACUGCAGUCUUUUGUACGUCUCUUGUUUGACGAGUGUCGACAACCUUCGCCAUUCUCCUCACAAAACCACGGGUCAACAGCAUCUUGUGCUAGGUUCACACUGUCGAAAGCUUUAAGGGAGUCCUUGGAUGCGUGACGGUGAUUUUUUGGAGAAAAACAAAGAAUAACAAGAUUUUGAGUCAGUUGGAGACUUUUCUGGGCACCCUGGUUGAUUAAGAGCAAUAACGACAGUGCCUGAUUUCUGGCAUAGGAGCACUAACCAAGGUAUUAGCGGUCUCAGUGUGUCAAGGACCUUUUCUGUUCUGGUUUUUGACGUUUCACGACACUUGAUGCGCGGCAGUAUAAAUACAGCAGCGACGAGUGUUAAAUGGCAUUGUUAACAAAGCACCGUAUGACGGAAGUAUGGCAGUGUGGCAUAUAUAUAUAUAUAUAUGCAGACUCUUCGUUUUCUACUGCUGGGCUUGCAUCAAAAUGCAUCCUGCCGUGUCUUAGGCACACAAGGGGUUUGGGGCUACUGCAUUGCACGCCACGUUUCCUUUUCUCGUUGUUGUGGCCUGCACUUCGUUCUGUGGCAUAGUUUUGCCGGUGUGGUUGUCACUUGGUUUCAUUUGAACGGAUUAAGAAUGUACGUGUUUAGCCGCCGGAUCAUAUUUUUUAUCCCAACUACUGUAUUCUGAGUGCACAUAUGUCCUGGACACAAUAGUACCGAAAGGUAAAACAAAACAAAUUUUGUCAUUUGAGUGUAGCACUUUUGUUUGUCGAGAUAUUUUCUUGAGAGUACGAGCUUAGUAUCGUUGCACAUGCUGGUGAGGAAACUAUGGCCUCGAGGAGUUUAAUGCCCACAAAUGAAGCCCUGGGUAUAUGACCCUUGUUGAGGUACUUAAGUUGACAUUUGCAACAGGCACUGCAGUGUCCUUUCCACGUAUGAAAUGCUUGAUUUUAAUCUGACAUUCCAUUCCCAUAGUUAUAUGGUAGGCUCGCAGCAAAUUGGCGUGAGAAGCAAAUGUUGGGCCUCUCUACCAUUGCAACUCGUUUUGUGUGUGUUUUUGUCUCUCGACAAAGUUUUGUUUCUACAUCACUGGUGGCAACCUGUCUGCCACUCCUUGCAGUGCUCUCCGAGGUUAACAGCAAAUAACUCAGAUGGGCUUGGUUUAUAGCUCCUGUCAAAAACCGUGAUGCACUCGGAGAUGGCGAAUCCUCUUAAAAAUGAUAAUUCUGCGGGGCAACCUGUGAGCCGUACAGGUGGAAACUUGCUUAGAGAUGCAGGAGUUCCGACGAUGAGAGACGUUAUUUUUUAUACCUCUGUGGAGCUACCUCGUCAAAGGGAUGGGCUGCUUGCAACAGCCUUUUGAAACACACUACCUCGGAGUCUCUUUGACCGGUCGGUUAGAGCCUGAGUUCCUCGUUGCCGGCAUUUUUUGGUUCUUGCUAUGCAUGGUCCCGCGUACCUGCGCUACCCUCAUUCUUUUCUGGCCUGGGGCAAUAGGUGGCAUAUUGUGCACCACAGCUUUUGCAUACUUGCGGGGCCUGCGUCGCAGAGUCUGCAGCCGUUGGCAAUCGGGUUGCAGUCUGGGCGCCGCUGGGUGUGCCCCGGCUGGAGGCUGCUCCCCUGCGGCCAGGCUGUUUGUUGCCUGGGCGCUGGUGCGCGAAGGGCCCGCGUCUGUUCCCACUGUAGUAGUGCCUUUUGUUUGGCUUCAGGCAUCUUUGAAUGCAGUUCAACUGCCAGCAGGUGCAACCGUUGGAAACCUCAGCUUAACAACCAAGGACCUCAUUUGAGCUUUGAAAUCACUACCUCGUCGGAGCAAGGGCCUUUGCCCGUUUCGUUCAAGACAAACUGUGUGGCUUUUUGAGGUUUUUGCGGAACCAGUCGGGGCAAUAUACAGGCAGCCCACGUGUGGCGGAAACCAGAAUGUAAAAUGCUGACGCAACUCGGAUCUUCUUUUUAGACCUUUACAGCGUGCUGGGCGACUGCAGCCCCCCGUGACGGACGGGAAAUUUGCCGCAUCUACCUCCAGAUAGACUGGCCGUCGGUUUUUCCGAGCAGGGCAAGUUGUCCCUAGGCCAGCCCCUAGCAGAUACCUCUGAAAACACGAGCAGCCUCAUUUUCUUGGCUACCUGGAGCAGCCGACCGGGUGUUGUGGCUGUCUCCCACAGCUGUUAGUGUGUGUAGUUUUCCUUGUGCCAACCUAUCCGCCGGUGCCUCAGAGGCUGUGAGGCGUUGCGUGAUGUCCAAGCGGGUACCUGUACAGACGUUGUACAGACGGUCUACCUCAGCGCCCACUGCGCAGAGUGCGUGGCCGCCAACCGCAGUUACCUCGAGUGGGCCUCGGUGCCCGGCAGAAAUACCUCAGCAGGGUUUGUGCAGAACUGGGGGGCUGCAGUUGCCCGAGGGGAGAGUGUCAGGGUGUUGUCGUGUGCUUUCUGCUGUGACCUUCGUGGCGUGUGCCCGGCUGCCAGCCCUCGCGGGCGGUGCCAAGCGCAGGCCCGCGGGAAGCUCGCAGCGUGUCUUGUGCACCCCCUUUUUCCUUGCCACCGAGCAGUCGACCAUCAGUGUCUUCCAGCAGAAAAAAAUGUUUUAUGUUGUUGCUGUUAGCGUGACCGUAGCGACGAGAAAAAUCACCCAUGCGCAUAUCACACGGUGGAAAAGACUGGAGCAAUAAUUGUCAUUCAAUGGAGUGUUGUGUGUUGCAUGUGUGUAUAUCAAAGGCAGUCAAACUGUCGUAUCUGUGGUCCUAGUGCUCAACAGCCCGGCAGACUGGGAGACGGGGCGGCACCGCCGUUGCACGCUCUCACAGGCCGCCCCGGGCGUGUGUGCUGGGCCCCCCUUUUGUAGUGCGUCGGCUGGGACGUUAAACCACGCUUUUCUACGCCCUCGGACGGCCUCCGACUGCCACCGCACAAUCGGCAACCAUUCCAGACGCCGCUUUGAGUUUGGCCCGCUCCCCGGUCUCCCACUCUGCCGGCCGGUGGCUGUGUCGUAGUUCUCGCUGUCGUCAUGCUGUCGGUGUUUGGUGUACCUCGCUCCAGAAUACCUCGGCGGGUGCGGAGGCCACACCCCAGAGCAAUGUCUCGCAUCCCACCUGGCUUCCCUCGCAGUCCCACAGGGCGCUCUAGUCAAGACCCUGUCGAAAGUAGCUGUAUUGGCACCCGGGACUCCGUCCGCGCCACGCUCGCUGGACCCGGCACAUUGGGAGAGCUUGGACCGGCAGGCGCGAGGAGAGAGACGCUUUCUGCCUGGCCAGCUUCGGCCAGCGGCACUUCGUGUUCGAAUGGAGACGGCAAUCGUACGAAAGCGAAACAAGUCUGUGCACUGCUAGUGACUCAAAGUCAUUUGGAGAACAGCAUUUUCAUUUUAGCCAAUGAGCAAUAUGUACUCUCCUCAAAUGGAGAUGUGUGAUUUGCUUUGUAUAAAUUAUCUUCAAGUGCUCUAUGUUGAAAUAAAUGAUUUUAAGGAUGUA